AUGUCCAUAAAGCGAGCUGCUAACCUUAUUCAACCAUCCGGACAAACUUCCAACAAACGUCCUAAGACAUCAAACGAUACCAGGGAAAAUGUUUACGGAACAAACGAUAUAAGUUCCGGAGCUCAAAUACAAAAACUCUUGACUUUUAGUCAGGACAGUUCCAAGUCGAUACAAAAUAUCCAGUCAUUUAAACUGUUUCUAGACGGUCUAACUAGCGAAAAUAAUACUGCCGGCAUUAUCGUUCUGAAAGAAUUUUUUAAUCUUCAGCAACCGAUAAAAACUGAGCAAAAUGAAGAAAUUUUUUUAUCAGAUUUAAUGCAAACAUGGAGUUUCGCAUCACAGUCGAACAAUGAAAAAUUGCUAUCCGCUGUGCCGGCUGUCCUUGCGCUUCUCUUAAAGACGAUAUCAAGUUACAUAGAUUUAACGCCUUUCGGAUUAAAAAUAGGAAAAACUUUGUUGCUGAGAAAGCAACAAGAACUGAUUGGACGAAGUCUUAUCGCAAACAAGAACAGAGAGUUUAUACUUUCCCCUAUACUGAGGCUCCUCCGAGAGCUGUCAAUGUAUGAUGGAGGAUCCUUGGCAAAUUAUGUGUUCAAAGCCCGCAGCCAGACAUUCAAGGGAUUAACAAGAAACCUGAACUUAAGGUAUACGGGUGAUGGUAAGGAGGACCUCCGCAAGCCAUCUGUACGCUCUAAUGCAGUUCGAUUUGUUCUACAAUUGUUAAAAUACCUCUCUGUUGAGUCUAAAAAGGAAUUUUUGAAUCAAAGAGACAUCAUUUCAGGUUUAACUCGAGAUAUCAGAUAUGACCCUGCAUUCCUAGUCCGUGACGUUUUAGAGACCUUAAAAACGCAUGUAAUUAUGGACGUCCAGCUCACACGAGAUGCAAAAUCUAAGAUUCUAACCCCAAGCUUCCUUGGAAGAAUUGCCUCAUUAUAUAGCUGUGACUGGCAAGAAGACCUCGACUCUUCAAAAGCUUCAGUAGUUGAUAUCACUCACGAAUUCUUGCUGACCUGCUGUACAUCAAUCAACCAAGGCGCUCUAUUAGUCCAAUCAGGUCUCUACCCUAAAGGAACAGAACCUGACAGCAGGGAUUUCGUUGAUAAAGAAGGAGGAUAUAUUGAUCUAGGUCUUGAUUCUAUCGAAUGGUUACAUAAGUUUGAUGAAAAAAUUCCAGUCAGAAAUGUGAUCUUGCUAGAAUUCAUUCAGACUUUGCGUCCAUGGUCAUGUAUCAAGCAGGCCGAGCUAAUUUUAUCAAUAUUCAAAUCUGCCCCGGAGCUUAUCGCAGAAUACUUUCUAUCCAAAAAAGAUUUUUCUUUUGACCCAAAACUCACUACAACGUGGGUUGGGUACUCAUCUUUUGUUUUUGGUGUGAUUCAAAUCCCAUUGCCUGAGUAUUUCGGUUAUCAUGAUAAAUACGCUCAGCUGCCACCUCCAUCAUCUAUCAUCAUUGGAAAUGUCCUCCCUCACCCAUUAAAUCACAAGGUCUUAGUAAGAAGCUUUAGUCCAUCCGUCAAACCUCUCGCCACAUACCUUGUCGUCAAGAUUUUAUGCGCUGCGCUCCAAAAACUGAAGGUUAUUUUAAAUAUGUACGAAGAAGCUUCGAAGUCGUCAUUAUCCUCGAUCUGGAACGAAUCUGCUUCAAGAAUCAUGAAGAAAGUCACAGAGCGGCUGCCAGCAGUCAAUAUUAUCAUCACUGCUUAUCGAAGAUUAGACAAAGUAGAUUUAAUUCAACGUCAUGCUUACUCAAAUCUUCUCAAUUUAUACUAUGAAGUAUUACCUCAAAUCAUAUCAGAGCCCAAUUCUGGUAUUCCUUCAGUGAUAGGGGAAUCAUUGCUUGCUACUAAUAAAAUGAGCUUAGCAUCACAAGAUGAUGUUCUCCGAGUAUUAGAGCUGGAGAAUAUGAUAAUUCUUGCUAGCUCUAUCCCUGAAGUUAAAUGGUUGAGCAAAGGGAAAGGCCUUUCCGUAUCACCAUUUCUGAUAAUUUUGAAACUUUCAGCUAUAGCAUCUCUAGAAUUUCCAAUGUUUCGCCUCAAGUCUGUCUUGGCAUCUAUUGUUGAAGAAACCCAAUUGCUUCAAACAAAGACCAACAUCUCUGCCCUGGAUUGCCUCAUCGUGAAUUUAAAGGACACAAUGAUAAAUGAUGUUCCAGAAGAGUGCUUUGAGUUCAUUGAUUCGUGCUUCAUACGUUGUGCCGGGACACCUAUUAAGUAUAUCUUUAUGCUUGAAGAACUGGUCAAAGAGAUAAAUAAAGAUGAAUCAAAAGAGGUCGCCAUCAGCUUAAUUUCAUUGGCAUUUCUUGAGCAAUGGCCUUUUUUCGUAAAGACAGCAGAUAAUUCUUCUUUACAUAUUGUCGCGUCUUUCAUCUCCCGACACCUUGCAACUUCAAUCAAAAUUCAAGAAGAUCCUAGAAUAAUUAAGAGAUUAAUAGAAAAGUUUACUGCUAAUUGCCCAGUGGGAUCCGCUGCAGCGAAGCUUAUAGAAAACUCUAACAAGCUUAUAAAUCAAAUAAAAAUUCCUAAUAAAAGAUAUGAUGCGUUGGGGAAAAUUUUUGAAGAUUCAGAUAAACCACAUCCAAAAUUGAAGGAAAGAUUAAUAGCUGAAAAGGAAGCCUUUAAAAUAGAAACAGAUCCAGAGAGAGACCUUAAAUUACUCGUUAGUUGGAACACCAGAGACAUAGAGGAGGUUAUCGAAGAUGGGCAUCUAGCUUCUUUGAUAAUGCUUUUGUCUUCAAAGUAUCUAGAAGUACGGAAAGAGACAGUAACAAAUCUAUCAAAGAUUGCCUUCAAGCUAAAGGAUUCUAAUUUUGGGGAAAAAGAACAGAUUUGGCUUCUAUUAUCAGAAAUCAGCGAAACUGCUAAGACGGUUAUCGAUGUAGAGCCAUUACCAUCUGUGAUAUCCGCAUUUGCAUCUCAUGCAGUUAAUGUACUCAAGGAUCCUUCACACUUUUUGUUUCCAAAACUCAACAAGUUUCUACUUCGAGGUCCAAUUUGGAGAAUAGAUAAAAUACCUUUAAUGCACCGUAUUAUGGAUGAGGCACCAAGCAUUACGGAAAAAUCUGCUGCCGAAAAAAAAUGGUUACUAAUGUGCAUCUACAAAGGCUUGCGUUCCAAGUCUGAUCUUGGGCUAUAUCGCAAAGUAUUAGUCUUUGAAAAACUUCUUUCGUCAUACAACAACUAUUCAAGCCCAGAGUUCCGAGAACAGGUCAUAAAGAUAUUAUUUAGGGCUUGUAUGAUUGAUGAAGGAAGCACAACACUUAUAACUCGUUUCAGUACUUUAACUUGGCUUGAAGUACAGCAAGCAUUAGCUUCUAGUCCAGAUUUGAAAAGCUUACAUGAAUUAUUAAUCAGCUCAUUUGAUAAGGAUCGAAUAAAGCAAUGGAGUAAAGGAACAAUUCAAAUGGCAUGA